GCUGCGGCCUGCUAUCUACAAUAUACACGUCGAAUGUCUGCGUCACGCGGACGUUGCUGUACUGGAGGAUCCAUCAUACCCGCCGAGUUGUCCUUACAGCCGUAGCUUAGAGGAAGUAAGUGCUCACAGCCAGCACGGCAGCGGUGGCCGCUCCCAUGGCUCCGGAGAUCUGGGAAGCACCGCUCGAUCCCGAGGCUGAGGCUGAGGCCGAAGCACUAGCGUCCGCCGUAGUGGAGGACUCCGUGGCGCUCGACGACUCCGUGGCCGAGUCCUCCGAGCCGACGGCGGCGGAUCCAGCCGUGCUGGUGGCCUCGGCCGUGCCGCUGGACGCCAUGUUCAUGCUGCUGUCCAUGCCGGACGCGGCGGUGGACGUGGCGGCGGCCGUGUCAGCAGCAGCCGAAGAAGCGGUCGAGGUAGCGGCCGACGUAGUGGCAGCAGCAGCGGAGGCGGCUGUGGAGGUAGCGGCGGACGUUUGGCCGUUGACGGCUGCGACGGCGAGAGCAGCGAUGACGAGGAACUGGAAGACCUUCAUUCUGGUAGUAGGGAGGAGUGGAGACUUAGACACUUGAGAGCAAAAGUGAGAAUGAGACUGGAGUGCCGCGUACUGGUGGCAAGUGGCAACAAGAUACUGCUUUCGUGAUGUUGAAGUGCAUCGGCGCACCCGUC